CGCGCGAGUCCUGGAAAGCGUUGUUGGCUCGGUUGCUCUGGAGCCGGGUCCGGGUCUGGUGGCUGCCCGCCCUCCAGCAGCUCGCCAUGGGGAGCACGGAGAGCAGCGAGGGCCGUAGGGUGUCCUUCGGAGUGGACGAGGAGGAGCGGGUCCGGGUGCUGCAGGGUGUCCGGCUGUCUGAAAAUGUGGUGAACCGCAUGAAGGAGCCCAGCUCUGCACCCCCUGCUCCUGCACCUUCUACCUUUGGCCUUCAAGAUGGCAACUUGAAAGCCCCUCACAAAGAAUCCACACUGCCCAGGUCGGGGAGCAGUGGUGGCCAGCAGAUCUCAGGGGCAAAGGAGGAUGUCAAGAGGUAUGAACAGGAGCAUGCUGCUGUCCAGGAUAAGCUCUUCCAGGUGGCAAAGAGGGAAAGAGAGGCUGCCACCAAGCACUCCAAGGCAUCCCUGCCCAUGGGUGAAGGCAGCAUCAGCCAUGAGGAGCAGAAGUCAGUCCGGCUGCAGGCCAGGGAGCUGGAGAGCAGAGAGGCAGAGCUAAGACGCCGUGACACCUUUUACAAGGAGCAGCUGGGGCGUAUUGAGAGGAAGAAUGCUGAGAUGUAUAAACUGUCUUCACAGCAAUUCCAUGAGGCAGCUUCGAAGAUGGAGAGCACAAUAAACAUAAGGCAUCAAAGACACGGGUGACUCUCCCGACUUGUCUUGGGACACCAACCUGUACUGAGGCCUGGAUCAAGCCCAGCAUAUGUCAAGAUCUCAGAAGACUCCUGCCUCAGGGCCAACAGGGAGCUCUCCACCGAAGAGGAGUGUUGAUGGCAAGGCUAACAGUCACAGACUAGGGCCUCUUGUUUUGGAAGAAUCCUAUUGUUAAGACAGAAGUGAAUAUUCAAAGUGUGUAUGUACACCCCCGCCCACCCACCUCACAGCAGCACAGAAGGCAGAAUUGUUCAGAUUUUCUGAAGGAAGAGAUUAAGACCCCAGGGAACCUCCUGCAUUUAUUGUGUCAUAUCUAUUUUUUAUGACAACCUUCAGUCCGCUUCCCGUGGGAUUCAUUCAGAAUCUGUCUUGGCUUCUCCUUGUCAGGAAACUUGUACAGUCCUCCCUGGCCCCACAGAGAGCCAGCCCUCAAAGAGGUUAGAACAAUUGAGUUGAAGGAAGAAGGUUAUUAACUAUUUCCUGAAACUGAACCAUUGUGCUCCAAGGACUUUGAUCCAGAGAGGCCUGAUUAAUGUGGAUGUGGCAGUCUUGGGACUUGCUAGAGCAGAGCUGCUGUUGUGUACUUUCACCUGCAAUUGGAAGACAGGACUUAGUAAACUCUGGGAGAGGCUUUAGGGCUUUAGGACCCACCUGAGAGAAUGAAUUGUUUCUAGGCACCAGAGCUUCCCCAGUUUGCAUUUAUUUAGUGAGCUAAUGAUAGAUAACCUAUUAAAACAGUGGUCAUUUAUUUAAACCCCAAAGAAAAUGGCAUUCUAAACAUUCUUUAAUCCAGAUAACAUUCGUCUUAGCCUGAAUUUAAAAGAUGUUACUAUAUCUCACUUCCCUAUGUAGAGAACCUUAGAUGACCUUUUAAAGGAAAUGUUUUCUAUGCAGAAAUUUACUGAGAUGUGCGGCUUAAUCUGAUGGACCUGACUCUUUGAGAAGUUAAAUCAAAACCUGUUUAAUACAUUCAUUCAACAAACCAAAAUUUAGUUAAUUUCUUAUUUGAAAAACUUUUACUGAACAUCAUCACGUGCCAGCAACUGUGCUUGGUACAUGCACUGUACCGUUUCCGGUCUUCACAAGAAGCUCAGGUGGCAGAGGCCGUUAUUAUUACCAUUCUGCGGAUGUGGAAAUGAAG